UCCUGCGUAUCACGGGACUAAUUGUGGAAGUACUGGCAACACAAAAACACGGCAAUUUUAUAACAUUUGAACACGAGAUAUAUGUAAAGGCGAAAUAAAUAAGCAGUACAUGUAUUUAAACUACACUGACAUUGUUGCCUAGAAAUAAUCCCGGUUAAGCGUGAUUAAGAGUUAAAUGUGGAUCUGAAGUGACGUGGAUGUGGAAGAGAAACACAGUGAGAGCUGCAUGAAGACAUGAUCAGUGUAGUGACAGUGACAGCAUGAAGCUCAUCUGCCUGACGUUUGUCUCACUCUUCUUCCAAAUCAUUUCCUUUGCUGUCGUUACAGAAGGACACCAGAUAAAUGACUUCCCCAUAAUAGGUGUUCUAGCGCAGGAAGUGUACAGUCCUAAACCCGGGGAAAAUGCCUACAUUGCGGCGUCCUAUGUCAAGUACCUGGAGUCUGCGGGCGCACGAGUCGUCCCCGUGAUGAUUAAUAGGACUGAAGAAGAAUACACCAAACUUUUUAAAUCUAUAAAUGGAAUCCACUUUCCUGGUGGAGGUGUCAGCAUGUUUUCCUCUGGUUAUGCCAAAGCAGCAGGAAUAUUCUACAAUCUUGCUCUGGAGGCAAAUUCAAAAGGAGACUAUUUUCCUGUCUGGGGAACAUGCUUGGGAUUUGAGCAGCUCACACUGCUGACUAGUGGAAAGUUUCUGCUGUCCAAAACUAAUACCAGUGGUGUUGCUCUACCACUCAAAUUCACCAAUGAAUCAAAGGACAGCCGAAUGUUUAAAGACUUCCCAGAGGACCUGAUAACAUCACUGGCAAAUGAACCACUCACAGAGAACUCUCAUCAGUGGAGUAUCACUACUGAGAGCUUCACUGGGAACGAGAAGCUGAAAAAUUUUUACCGAAUUCUGAGUACAAACGCAGACGGACAAACGGAGUUCGUGUCCACAGUGGAAGCGUAUGAUUUCCCAAUUUAUGCAACCCAGUGGCACCCAGAGAAAAAUGCAUUCGAGUGGACUCAUACGUACAUCCCUCACUCGACCGCUGCUAUCAGAACCACUUUCUACAUGGCCCAGUUUUUUGUCAAUGAAGCAAGAAAAAGUCUUCAUAAAUUUCCCAGCCAAAAAGAGGAACAGAAUGCUUUAAUCUAUAACUUCCAGCCCACCUACACUGGAAGCAAGUCUUCUUUUGAACAGACAUAUUAUUUUGAUUAGGUCUUUAUUUUACUGUUUUAAUUGUGUAAAUGCUUGGAAAUGUUUAAGCCAUGUUGUGCUCACAGCAUCUUGAAGUGUAUAAAUGAAGUUGAAAUACUGGUGCUGCCUUUGUAGCAAUUAUUUCAUUUAAAAAUUUAAAGCUUGUUGGCAAAUCCAUGUUUGAGUCUAUACAUUUUGGAAUGAAAAUAUAAAUAAGUUAAUCGUAUUGUAAACCUAGUUGCCAUGUGAUUGCAGCUAUCAUGCUUCCAUAUUAUUUUUUUCCAGUAUCUAACUUUAGGAAACAAUAAAGCAGUUUAAUAUUACAUGCACUCUGGCAGGUCCAUGAUGAACCUUAUGCAGAUUGCAGCAAUUAGGGUCACAACCUCAGCAGUCACUGGUAGGUUUUUCCCAGACUGGUAUUUUGAAGCUUUUCCAUUAAAAGGUUUAGGCAGGCCUAAAUGUUGGUCAAGUCCAAGUAAGAAACAUUAAAUUAUAACUAAAAUGUCUGUUGCUGUCAGUAAAAUCAAAUCUGAUGUAGGUAUCAUUAUAAAUAAGUUUAUAACUUGUGUGCACAUGUAUUUAUUUGCCUUUGUGCAUUUAUAGAAGUAGACCAACGGUUGGAAGCAUGACCAGCAGCUCCUAAAUAAAGUUAGUGGCUAUGUGGGGAAAAUUGUUCACAAUGCAACCUAAUUAUUUGUUCUGUACUAGUGAGCGAGUCAGUUAUAGUGUGACAAUAAAACAGCAUUAAAUUAUGAUAUACAUAUGCGUUUUCAAAUGGCCCUUAAUUUCCCAUCUGGAGUUUCUAUUUUAAAGCUUGAGCCUCAGUAUAGAUGUAAUAUAAUCAAACCUUAGUCCUUAUUGCAGCUAGGAAGCAUUUGACAUGUUCAAUCCACUGAAUUUCAAGGCACAUCAGAUCCAGGCAAUCUAAUAUAAUAAAACACAAGACUCAUAAUUACAUGUGUG